GCCUGCGCUGAUGCUGGACCGCAGGCCUAAUCCGCGACGUGGAUUGGUCUAAAAGCUCAUUCUGAAGGAUUAUCUAACUUCGUAAUAUGACGACACCAACGCCAGCAGGAAUGGGCAUGGGGGCCGUGGCUGCGCCUGCCGGGGCCGCCAUCGCGCCUAAUAAGAACUCUCCGCACCUUCACUCAGUGGCCAGCAGCUUGCGCUCGUGCUUGGACGGGAUGUUGCCUGACAACCUACGCAACGAUAGCGUCGCCUUCCAACAGCAUUUGGCACAACAGAAGACGCGGCUGCAGACUGAAAAGAACUCGUGGCGUUUUGGCCUCAAUUACCUCUUCGAGACCCUCAAACAGCACAAGGAUUGGUACGCACGUAACCAGCAGUUCGUACAGCUGCGUAAAGAUGUCAAGCGGUUCGAGUCCCAUGUAGCUACUGUGAGGACAAUUCUGGCUGAGAGCGUGAGUAAACUGGACCUCGAAGCGGGACUGCGAGGCGCUGAGCUCGAGGGCCGCGUGGGGGCGUACAAGAUCAUGUUUGAGGUCACCAAGAUCGUGUCCAACCUCAGUCGCCCGCUGGUUAAGCUGCAGAUACUCAAACCGAAUGAGUCGUCGCUCUCAAUUUACUGCGACACGUUCGUGUUGGACAUUGUGCUGUCUGGAGGAGAGGUAUAGAGUUGUAGGGGGUAUCGUGUGCUGAGAGAUUACAAGAACUAAUUGGUGGAUGGAACAGGGUGCUGUGGAGUCUGCAUCGUUGACGACGGUGGAGAAAGACCAAACGAGUCAAUUUCCGGACCGGGACGAAGACUUGUUGGCGUCGCUCAAGCUGCUGGCGAAUGGAGACAGCGCCAACUUUACGGAAAAACUGAACAGACUGAUCAACCGCGCUGAGCUGGCAGUCAAGUUCCCAGCGAUGAACUUCGAGCAGCUAGAGAUGGAGCUGUACACCAAGGUCACAGAGGGGUGCAGUCAACAGAAAUACUGGACGGCAAAGCGUGCAGUUGAGGGCGUUCGAGUCAUGUUUAAGGACCCCAAUGCUUGCAUCCCCGUGGUUGAACCCCCACGCAAGCGUGUGAAGAUCGAUGAAGCGCAGGCCUCUGCUGUAUCUGCUGGUGCGUCGGGGUCUACUACAGGCACAGCAGAUGCAGUCGCCAUGGACGGAAGCAACGGGACUGACGACCACGAUGACCCCAGCAAAGCCUCAUCGUCCGAUGUUCUGUCUCCACUGGCAAAUGGCGAAUGGGCUGGAAGUAUCAGUUUCAUCGAAUGGAGAGGCGAAGUCGCACUGCAUGUUGUUGGUGAGACCCCACUCGUGAUGGUCGGUCAACAGGCUCGGAAGUUGGCGCUUGUAGCCAUGCACAAACACUCGGAUACAGCGCAGAAAGAUGUGAUUGAAGACGAGAAGCUGUUCAAUGAGUUCGUGAGCUGGACGACACCGGACGGGAAGAAGCCGAUCCUCCCUCGUCUUCACUUCGCGCGAGAUCGCAGCAUGUGCUCAGUGUUCCCGUCCCGAUCAUCGCUAGCCAUGCGACAGGAGUACACGUUGACGACGAAGGAGAUUUCUGGGGGACUUAAACUGCACUCGUUCCCCAUACCGCUGACGAACGCCUCAAUGGAAACGCUGACGAACGUUCUUCAAGUGUGUGGGAGGAGUUUGUUUUUCCACGCGCUGUUGCUGUCUGCGUUCUGCUCAAGAAGCAACAUAUUUGGCCAGCGUAUUCCUGCAGAUAAUGACGAUGCAGUCAAUGCUCGGAUCAAGGUGGAUGUAGCGGCGCCAGAACGCAUUACCAUGAACACCGGAGACCUCCUUGGGGCUGGCAAACAAGUGCUGAUCGAGGUGAACACCAAGCCGGACUGCUCGUUGGAACUUAGUGUCAAAUACCAGACCGAGACGACCCCCUCGCUGCCACUGGAAAACGCUGCGACGCUGCAGAAAUUGGUGAGCGCAUGCCACUCGAUCCCUCUGUUGACAUACUACGCGUUGAAGCGUACCGUGCAAGCCAAGAACGGUCCGUCCUCUGCUGCGGCGGGUGCUAACGGCGAAGACUGCAAUGGCAUUGCGGCUCUAGACGGCGAUCUGUCAGUCUCGAUGAAGAUGGAGGGAGAGGGAAUGCUGCUGGACGAGAUGGAUAUGUUCUAGAAAGACAACACUGCUCCUGUCAACGUGAACAAUGAGGAUUCUCAACAUCUUUGCAGGUCUAACAUUUAUUGUACUAUCAGUCGUUUUCUUCAUGAACUGGAAGCGCCUUCCUGGGACCAACAGCCUGAGGGAGUUUAAGGUUUGGUCGCGUUUGAACUUG